AAAAUCCGACCAAUCAAGGCUUCUGUUAUCACUCAGGUAUUCCAUGUGCCACUAGAAGAGAGGAAGUACAAGGAUAUGAACCAGUUUGGGGAAGGAGAGCAAGCCAAAAUCUGCUUAGACAUCAUGCAGAAGACAGGAGCUCACCUGGAGCUAUCUCUUGCAAAAGAUCAAGGAUUAUCAAUAAUGGUUUCUGGCAAACUGGAAGCAGUGAUGAAGGCUCGGAAGGAAAUUGUAGCUCGGCUUCAGACGCAGGCUUCAGCAACAGUUGGCAUUCCCAAAGAACAUCAUCGCUUUGUCAUUGGAAAAAAUGGAGAGAAGUUACAGGAUCUUGAGCUUAAAACUGCCACAAAAAUUCAGAUCCCCCGCCCGGAUGACCCCAGCAACCAGAUCAAGAUCACUGGCACCAAGGAAGGGAUUGAGAAAGCUCGACAUGAGAUUCUUUUGAUUUCUGCUGAGCAGGAUAAGCGUGCAGUAGAGAGGCUUGAGUUGGAGAAAGUAUACCAUCCUUUUAUUGCUGGUCCUUUCAACAAGCUGGUGAGUGAAAUCAUGCAGGAGACUGGAACGCGCAUAAAUAUCCCACCACCCAGCGUCAACAGGACUGAGAUCGUCUUCACUGGAGAGAAGGAGCAGCUGGCUCAAGCAGUGGCUCGUGUUAAAAAGAUCUAUGAGGAGAAGAAGAAGAAGACUACCACCAUUGCUGUGGAGGUGAAGAAGUCCCAGCACAAGUAUGUCAUUGGCCCUAAAGGGAACUCCCUGCAGGAGAUCUUGGAGAAAACUGGAGUCUCGGUUGAAAUCCCCCCCACUGAUAGCAGCUCGGAGACUGUGAUACUGCGUGGCGAACCUGAAAAGCUUGGACAGGCAUUGACUGAAGUUUAUGCCAAGGCGAACAGUUUCACAGUCUCAUCUGUCUCAGCCCCCUCUUGGCUUCAUCGUUUCAUCAUUGGCAAGAAGGGGCAAAACUUGGCCAAAAUCACACAACAAAUCCCAAAGGUUCAUAUAGAAUUCACUGAAGGGGAAGAUAAAAUCACUCUGGAA